GAGAAGAUGAGCAAGUUAGAUGUUUGUUUGUUGGUGAGUUCACAGCUGGCAUAAGAAGAUAUAUGGCUUUACACAAUUCAAUCAAAUAAAUAAUAUUUAUACUAGAAAUUGCAAUCAAAUUUCCCCUCUGAUCACACAUCUACUACAUUGAGAUGAGAAGACCACAUUGAAUAAUGUCAUCCUACACAUACACUGCCAUAUGAUGAGGGUGUUACAACUUGAAUGUCUGUGAUAAUGUUGGAUCGGGACUAACCGAGAACCAAACAACAACCAAGAACAACUACUACAACCACUAUUGCAACAAAAGCAAUAACUCAAAUAACUCCCUAAUUGUAAAUCAAUUCAAAGAAUUCAUUCGCAUGGAAGAAGCUACUGAUGUAAUAUCUAGUAACAAAACUUCACAACUCUCACUCUUGGUCUUCCUCCUCCUUACCGGUUCUAUCAUCCUCCUCUUCAUCUCUUACACACCAAUCAGCCGAACUUUCCCCUCUGUGGGGACGUCAUCAGCUGAACACCUUUUCCAGAUCCCGCCUUCUACCGUCUCAGUUUACAUGGGAAUCAAUACCUCAAAACUGCUCAAGCCUUUGCGAGUUAGCUACAAGAUUUCCAUAAAGAUGCACAUGAACUGUCGCGGUGGUCUCUACCCUCGAACCAAAGACAUCUAUCGAUUUGAUGUCCCUGAUGACAAAGUCAGCUGGGAUGUUGAGUACAAGGAGUACCAGCCUGUUGAUUAUACAGCUGAAUCUGUUUUACAACAGCCCCCCUGGGCCGAUCCUGAUAUCAGAAAAUUAUCAGAACCGAUCAAAAUCAAAUGGAACAGCCUUGAUAAUAAUAUUGACCGUCAAACAUUUGGCAAGAAAUACGAUAUAUACAACCAUGUACCAAGGAACCCACAUGGUAGAACAGGUAUCAAAGGUCGUGGACUACUAGGUCGUUGGGGACCUAAUCAUGCUGCUGACCCUAUCAUUACAAGGUGGAAGGUGGUCGAUGGAGACAAGGUCAGAGGUCAUGAUGGUAAACCUGUACUACAGUUUAUUGCCAUUCAAAGACGAGACACUGGUGACUGGGCCAUUCCUGGGGGUAUGGUUGAUGCUGGAGAAUUGGUAACUACCACACUACAACGAGAAUUUAGUGAAGAAGCUUUGAAUGCCUUAAAUUUAACACCUGAGAAGCGAGACAAACUACGGAAAUGCUUAAAAGUCUUUUUUAGAAAUGGCAAAGAGGUAUAUAAAGGUUAUGUGGAUGAUAUCAGGAACACAGACAAUUCUUGGAUUGAAACAGUUGCUAUGAAUUUCCACGAUGACAAUGGAACUAGUGUGGCUAAUUUAACACUAACUGCUGGGGAUGAUGCUGUCAGUGUGAAAUGGCUUGAUAUAGCACAAAACCUCAAACUUUACGCUAACCACAGGGAGUUUAUGAAAAAAGUAGCAAAUGACUUGAAUGGCAGCUGGUGA